CCGGGAGCGGGCAGGGAUCGUCCAGCUCCAGGAAUUCCGGUGUCCCGCGGCUGCUGGAGCGGGUCCUGCCCCUGCUGUGCCCGGCCUCGGCUUUCCCAGCUGGAGCAGAGCCUCCCUCCUCAUUCCCAGCUGGAGCAGAGCCUCCCUCCUCAUUCCCAGCUGGAGCAGAGCCUCCCUCCUCAUUCCCACCUGGAUCAGAGCCUCCCUCCUCAUUCCCAGGUGGAGCAGAGCCUCCCUCCUCAUUCCCACCGGGAUCAGAGCCUCCCUCUCCUUUCCACACCCGGAUAAGAAGCUCCCUCCUUAUUCCCACCUGGAUCAGAAGCUCCCUCCUCAUUCCCAGGUGGAUCAGAAGCCCCCUCCUCAUUCCCAGGUGGAUCAGAAGCUCCCUCCUCAUUCCCAGCUGGAUAAGAAGCUCCCUCCUCAUUCCCAGCUGGAGCAGAGCCUCCCUCCUCAUUCCCACCUGGAUCAGAAGCCCCCUCCUCAUUCCCAGCUGGAUCAGAAGCUCCCUCCUCAUUCCCAGGUGGAUAAAAGCUUCCACCUCCUUUCCCAGCCGGACCAGAGGCUCCCUCCUCAUUCCCAGGUGGAUCAGAAGCUCCCUCCUCAUUCCCAGGUGGAUCAGGAGCUCCCUCCUCAUUCCCAGGUGGAUCAGAAGCUCCCUCCUCAUUCCCAGGUGGAUCAGAAGCUCCCUCCUCAUUCCCAGGUGGAUCAGAAGCUCCCUCCUCAUUCCCAGGUGGAUCAGAACCUCCCUCCUCAUUCCCAGGUGGAUCUGAAGCUCCCUCCUCAUUCCCAGGUGGAUCAGAGGUUCCCUCCUCUCCCUGGGAGCGAAUCCAAGGUGGAUUCUCCGGGGAUCCCGGGCCGUUAUCCGGAGGGGGGUGCCGAGCUGCUCCUGGGGAAGCUGGAAACACGGAGCAUGAUGGAAUCCCGGAUCAAACGGCUGGCCACGACGCUGAUGGACGCCACGACGGACAGGGAGCCGCAGGUGCAGGAGCAGAUCUCGCAGGCCCUGUGCGUGCUGGGCCAGGCCGAGCCCGAGGAGAUCCUGCACUGCUGCGACGAGUACCUCCGGCAGCACGACAAGCUGGGCUACCCCCACCGGGUGAUCAUCCUGAAGGCCAUGGAGACGGUGGUGAGGAACAACAUCGACCUGCUGGACAAGAGCACGGCCAAGGUGGUCAUUCUGCUGGCCUCCAGCGAGAUGACCAAGUCCAAGGACGUGAUCUGGGAAUGGCAGCAGGCAGCCAGCAACGUCCUGGUGGCCGUGGGGCAGCGCUUCAUCAACAGGGUGAUGGAGGAGGUGCUGACCAAAUUCCAGCCGGGAAUUCUGCCCCACUACUUCGUCCUGCAGACCUUCGCCAACCUCUCCGUGUCCAACGUGUUUGGAAUGGUGCUCCUCAGCUCCAUCCUGGGCACGAUGCUGCCCAUGCUGGGCAUGGCCAAGCAGGACCACAUGAAAUCCGUCUUCUGCUACGCCCUGCAGCGCUUCAGUGAGAGCAUCCAGGAGUACCUGGCCAACCUGGACCGCCCCGACCCCACGGUGAGGAGGGACAGCUUCUCCAGCGACAUCUUCUGCGCCUACGAGGUGCUCUUCAACGCCUGGGCCCAGCACCGCGAGGCCAAGCUCAGGCUGGCCGUGGUGGAGGCCCUGGGGCCCAUGAGUUCCCUGAUGCCCAGCGAGAAGCUGGAGGAGCAGCUCCCAAAGCUCAUUCCCGCCAUCCUGGGCCUCUACAAGAAACACACCGAGGCUUUUUACAUCUCCAAGAGCCUGUCCCAGAUCCUGGAGGCCUCGGUGGACAUCGGCAGCCGCAGCCUGGACGUGCAGCUGGAUGCCCUGCUGGGGACCCUGCACCCCCAGAUCUGUGCUCCUGCAGACCCCGCCGUGCCCCUGAGCGGCAAAAACCACACCGAGGUUCUGCGCUGCUUCACCGUCCUGGCCUGCUCCUUCCCGGACCGUGUCCUGGCCUUCCUGCUCCCAAAACUGGAGAGCAACAACGAGAGGACCCGUGUGGGGACCCUGCUCAUCAUGAGGCAGAUCAUCAACAGCGCCCCCUCUCAGAUGGAGAUCAAGAAGCCCUUUAUCCUCUCCUUUAUGAAACUCCCUCUCCAGGACAGCAACAACAAGGUGCGGCGGGCGCUGGUGCAGGUGAUCAGUGCCAUGGCUCACCACGGGUACCUGGAGCAGCCGGGGGGGGAGGCCAUGCUGGAGUUCCUGGUGCGGCAGUGUGCCCUGCCCCCCCCCAGCGGGCCCCUCAAAAAGGGGGACCCCGAGGAGCUGACGAGCGACGGCGUGCGGAGCAUCAGCAUCAACACCCUGUUCCUGCUCAGCACCACCGUGGACAGGAUGAGCCACGUGCUGUGGCCCUUCCUGCUGGAAUUCGUGACCCCCACCCCGUUCACCAACGCCCUGACCCCGCUGUGCAAGAGCCUCGUGUUCCUGGCCACGAAGAGGCAGGAGGAGGGGGACGGAGGGGCCCUGAUCCGCUACGACCUCAACGCAAAUCUUCCCUCUCCCCACGCUCUGACCACGAGACUCCUGGUGGUCUCCUCUCAGCCCUACGCCGGGGACGGGCGCGGGGCGGCCGCGCUGCGCCUGCUGCUCGUGCUGCGCUCCAGCCUCCACCCUGCCCUGGAGCUGCUCUGGGACAAGAGCAUCCCCCUCCUGCUGCAGCACCUGGAAGAGAACACGGAGCAGUCGCUGUGCCAGCAGGAAUGGGAGGAGAAGCUGCUGCAGUUCCUGCAGGAUUCUCUGUUGGCCGUGCCGGGCGACGCCUGGAGCUGCCCCUUGGUGACCGAGCUGUGCCGCCAGCUGGGCUCCUACAACGGCUUCCCCCUGGAAAAGAAUUUCCUGUAUAAAUGCAUCGGGACGGCGCUGGGAGCCUGUGCCAGCAAGGAGCUGGUGCAGAAGCAGCUCCAGGAGCUCCUGGAGACGGCCAGGCACCAGGAGGAGGCCGAGAGGGAGGGCUUGGCUUCCUGCUUUGGGAUCUGUGCCACCAAUCACCUGGAGGAGACCCUGGCCACGCUGGAGGACUUUGUGAGGUCUGACGUGUUCAAGAAAUCCCUGGGGCUCUUCAGCAUCUUCAAGGAGCGCAGCGAGGCGGAUCUGGAGAGGAUGAGGAGCAGCCUCAUCCUGUGCUAUGGCCACGUGGCCGUGGCCGCCCCUCGGGAGCGGCUCCUGCCCCGCCUGGAGGCCGACGUGGUGCGGAACAUCCUGCAGUGCUCGGGCUCCAAGGAUCUGACACUGAAGCUGUGCCUGACCCGCAGCCUGUCCAUGCUCAGCCGGGCCGUGUCCCACGGGAAGGGCCCCGCCGGCUUCGUCUUCGCCCGCAAGGCCGAGCUCGUCGCCCACAUGGUGGAAUUGAUCCGGGCAGAGCCCCUGGAGUCGCUGCGGACGCCGCUGCGCCAGCGAGCCAUGGCCACCUGCACCCACCUGGUCCCCCUGGAGCCGCAGCUGAGUGACCCGGACAGGACGGAGCUGAUGGACACGAGCCUGGCCAGCGUCCUGGCCCUGCCCCCGCUGGGUCCCCCCAAGGACAGGGAGGAGGACGGGGGGGAUUCCCUGAACACCCAGGUGCUGUACGAGGACACCCUGGGCGCCCUGAAGGACCUGCUCAAGAGUCUCCUGCGCAGGAACCUGACCCCCCACGGGCUCCAGGACGUGUUUGCGCACUUGGGCCCCUGGAUCAAGUCCCCCCGGGAGCAGGAGCGGGAACGGGCCGUGGAGGUCAGCGCUUCCCUGCUGGAAUUCUACCUGAGCGAGCUGAACGUCAGCACUGUGAUCCCCUUCUACAACCUGAGCGUGCUCCUGGCCCUGUCCCCGCGCUGCUCCGACUCCCUGGCCGGCGUCCGGCUGCGCUCCGUGGAUUGUGUGCACUCCCUGCUCUACAUCCAGCUCUGCUACGAAGGUUUCGCCAGGGACCACAGGGAUGAGAUGGUGGAGGGGCUGAAAGCGCUCAAGAAGGGCCUGGAGGAGCCCGACUUCACCGUCCUCUUCCACGCCUGCACCAGCAUCGCCAUGGUGGUGGGGAAGAGAAUCCCCCCGGAUCAGCUGAUGAGCCUCCUGCUGUCCCUGUUCGAGGGGCUGGGGGAUCCCGACAGGAACUGCUCCCGCGCCGCCACCGUCAUGAUCAACUGCCUGCUCAGGGAGCGGGGAGGGCUCCUGCAGGACAAGAUCCCCGACAUCAUGAGCAUCAUCCACGGGAAGCUGGAGGAGGUGGCCGAGGAGCACGUGCGGAGGGCGGCGCAGCAGACCGUGCUCAUCCUGGCCGCCCAGCACUCCGGCCUGGUGGUCUCCAGCCUGCUGGGCAGCCCCCUGCCCUUCGACAGCCACACCUGUGCCAUGUGGAGGUCUCUGGCCACCGAGCCCGCCCUCACCUCCCAGAUCCUGGAGCAGCUGCUGGAGAAGGUCAGCAGGGACAUCCCCUACAAGGAGAGCAAGAGCUUCCUGCUGGGCGGCGGAUCCGAGCGCGUGGCCACCCCCCUGCCCCUGGCUGCCACGUGUGCUGUGGGUGAGCUGCUGUGUGCUCCAGAGGCAGGGCCGGCGGUGCUGGGGCUGUUCCCGACCCUCUUCAGCACCCUCCUGCUGCGCCUCAGCUGCUCCCUGGGGGUGCAGCCCCCCAAAAUCCUGCAGGGCAGGGACAGGAGGGGCCACGGGGCCUCCCCACGGGGCCUCCAGCCCGCCAGCUGUGCCGUGGAGACGCUGCGGGUGACGCUGCUGCGGGGUGGCAGCGAGGACGUGGUCCGGGCCGUGGGCGAUGCCGGGGGCUGGGAGCUCCUGGGCAGCCCGGAGAGGCACCACGAGGGCAUCGCCCUGCUCGCCAGGGCCAUGGCUCGCCACGCGGGGCCGCGGCUGCCCCUGAUCGUGAAGAACCUCAUGCCCGCCCUGAGCAGCGCCUUCGACAGCCAGAGGGUCACGGCCACCGCCUUCUUCGCUGAGCUCCUCAACAGCAAGGUGGUGAACGACCUGCUGCUGCUGGAGGCGGUGCUGGACGCGCUGACGGGGCGGCAGAAGGACUCCUGCCUCCUGGUGCGGGUGCUGGCGCUGCGGGGGCUCGGGAACGUCGCCUCGGGAUCCCCGGAGAAGGUCAGGAAGCACGGCCCCACCCUCCUGACCUCCAUGGUGGGGGGCAUGGACGACAAGGACGACCCCCACAACCUGGUGGCCCUGGAGGCCAUGUCCAGCCUGUCCAAGCUGCUGGACCACCUGGAGCAGAGGGACAUCCAGUCCAUGCUGCUCCACGUCGCCAUCCGCAUCCGCCCCUUCUUCGACAGC